AGAGAGACAGCCUCUUAGAGCUGUGAGGCAGAAGUGAUGGAUUCAGCCCACAGAAAAGUGACAGUCUUCUCCUAACGGGCCACAGGCAGUACACAACCUGCCCUGGACUCUCACCAUUUAUCAGGAAACUACCUCCACCAUCCAACUAAAGUUGUCUCUUGAAAAGUGCUGUAACUUUUUCAAGUGGAUUUUUUUUUUUUGGAACAAUCUACUCAACAUUUGCUGAAGAGUUUCUGGCAACUGAAAGCUUCUGUUGGGGUAAUGACGGUGUUUUAAUAAUAGGCUUUAAAACACCACCACCCUCCACGGCUGGAAUGGACUGAGGUGACAAAGAGUGAGUAACUAUUAAAGGCAGAGCGAAGAAAGGGGGAGAGGAGGACGCAGGGGAAGCAGCUUUCCCACUUGGGAUGACUUUCUACCGGGAGAAACUUCAAUCAGCUCUGCCAGGAGGGCAAGGCAACUGAGGGAGCCUCAUCAAUACUUUACAGUGAUCUCGUUUUGGUGAGUUGGACACAUGGAGCCCCCUUCAAUGGUCCUGCUGGGGCUCCUUCUUGUUUAUGGACUAGCUUGUGGGGCCCAGCAGACUCAGGACAGCAGCCAUGGCAGGGACAGGACCCAAGAAUUUCAGAGUAGUGAGGAUGAUUUAGAGAGAGAGUUUCUCUAUGCUGGAAGAAGCAAGCGUGCUCCAGCUGACCAGCAGCAGGACAAGUGCUCCUACACUUUCAUUGUGCCUCAACAAAAAGUAACCGGAGCCAUCUGUGUCAACUCCAAGGAGCCGGAGGCCAUGCUGGAGAAUCGGGUCAACAAACAGGAGUUAGAGCUGCUGAACGUGGAGCUACAGAAACAGAAGAGGCAGAUCGAGACCCUGCAGCAAUUGGUAGAGGUGGACGGGGGUAUUGUCAAUGAGGUCAAGCUUCUCAGGAAGGAGAGCCGAAACAUGAACUCCAGAGUCACUCAGUUGUACAUGCAGCUGCUCCAUGAGAUCAUCAGGAAGAGAGACAAUGCCCUCGAAUUGGCUCAGAUGGAGAACAAGAUCCUGAACCAAACCUCUGAGAUGCAACAGCUCACCAGUCGAUACAAAGAUCUUGAGCACAAGUACCAGCACUUGGCUUCUUUGGCCACUAACCAAUCAACUCUUAUUGCGCUGUUGGAGGAGCAUUGCCAGAGUCGCCCUCCCCCUCGUCAUGUGCCCGUCCCCCAGCCACGGCCUCAGCCACCUCCACCAUCACCACCUCUCAACAAGCCUUACCAGCCACCCGUCCUUCCACGAAUUACCAAGCCGAUCAGCAACGAGAUCCAGAGUGACCAAAAAUCUCUACCGCCUCUUCUUCCAACGAUGCCCACUGGCACACACAGCCCUUCGACCACCGACAAGCCCUCUGGGCCAUUUAAGGAUUGUCUGCAGGCUCUGGAAGAUGGCCACACUGCCAGCAGCAUGUACCUGGUGAAGCCAGAGAAUGCCAACCGGCUUAUGCAGGUGUGGUGUGACCAGAGACAUGACCCAGGUGGCUGGACCGUGAUCCAGAGGAGGGUGGACGGCUCCGUCAACUUUUUCAGGAACUGGGAGACAUACAAGCAAGGUUUUGGCAAUAUUGAUGGCGAGUACUGGCUGGGUCUGGAGAACAUCUACUGGCUGACUAACCAGGCAAACUACAAACUGCUGGUCACGCUGGAGGACUGGUCUGGUAGGAAGGUGUUCGCAGAGUAUGCCAGCUUUAGGGUGGAGCCUGAGGCCGACUUCUACAAGCUAAGGGUGGGCCGUUACCAUGGCAACGCUGGAGACUCCCUCACCUGGCAUAAUGGCAAACAGUUCACAACACUGGACAGAGACCAUGAUGCAUAUACAGGCAACUGUGCCCAUUACCAAAAGGGAGGCUGGUGGUACAACUCAUGUGCCCAUUCCAAUUUGAAUGGCGUUUGGUACAGAGGAGGACACUACCGCAGCCGAUACCAAGAUGGAGUCUACUGGGCUGAGUUCAGAGGAGGAGCCUAUUCACUUAAGAAAGUGGUCAUGAUGAUCCGUCCAAACCCAAACACCUUCCACUAAACAUCCAAGGAACACAUACAUACUGUACUGUACUGUAUCUCUCACUAAACAAAAGCCUUUCGUGUCUCCUAAAAUCCAUGCAAUCUUUAUCUUUUUUCUUAAAUGGAGUGGCACCACAGCAAGACCGAUAACAAAGAGACAGAUGAAGUGCAAUAUCAAAACAUCAGGCUGAUAUAGUGGUACCUCCUGAUAAUUCAAGCAAAGUUAUUCUGUUGUCUGUACCAUUUCCCUUUUUACAUAUGACUCAGUAACAGAUAUGUGCUCAUUGCUCAGGAGUUGUUUUAAAUACACUGUCUUUGAUAAACCCAAAACCUGCUUAGUUGACAGUGCUCUCAAUUGAAUAUAUUGUUUGUAUUAAUCUAAUUUGACAUUAAAAGCACAGAUUACAAUAAUUCAGUUAAGUAGCAGUGUGAUAGGAACCCUACAAUAUAUAUUUAGUAUGUAUGAAAAGUUGUUUGUUGCAGUAACAAGCAAAUGAGGUUGACACAGGAAACCUAUCCAGUGACUUUUAAUUUCAUUCUAAAUACAU